ACACACACACACACACACACACUGCUCAAACACACACACGAGCCGCGAGAGGUGCUCUGUUUGAGGGUCGUGUCGUGUUUCGUUGUGUGUGUGUGUGUGUGUUGCGCUGACGGGAACUGGCGUGGUUCGUGCGGAAGAGAUUUUAUUGGAAAUGAAAUUUGUGCCAUCAGAAUGGAAAGUCGCCUCCCUCAGGGGCAGCCGAGGAUUUAACGCCGAGCAUGCGCAGUACUGUACACUAACGAGUGAGAGAAUAAAUAUAUAUACAGAGGAAAGUGGAGAAUGACAGAGUGGGAAAAAGAUUGAGGGAAGAGAAGAGUGAUGAAAUGGAAUGAAGAAGAGGAAGAAGUGAAUUAGAAAGAGGAAAAAAAUCUAAAGAAUAAGAAAAAAAAGGAAACAAGUGGAAACGUGCUAAAACGUGACAGAGAGAUAAAACUAAGGAGAUGAGAGGGAGUGGAGAUAAGAGACAGAAGAGAUAUAGUAAGUGAAAGAAUAGAAACGGGGGGGGGGGGAUCCUGGAGAGAAACAGACUGAUGGAAUCAGAAAGUAAGAGGGAAAACCACAGUGGUGAAGAGAGGAGGAAUGCAGAAGGAUUUACAGCUCUUUUUAAAGUGAAAGUCUGAUGAGUAUUCCUGUAUCGUCUGGGCAGACCGGGGGUGGAGAAAUGCAGUCACCUGCAGUGGUUAGCCCAUCCUUUCUCCCACCCCCAACUGGAAAAGUCCCAGGACGCAAGCGGGGGCGUCCACCACUCAAAAGGCACCCUGAGUACCAGAACCACUACCCAGAAUCCCUCCCACCCAUUAGAGUGCCCAAGAAGAGAGGAAGGAAACCUGGAUUCAAGCUGAAGUCUCGGCUGGCGAUGACUCCUUUGGCCAUCUCCCCUCCUAGUAGCACACCAGAACCAGACAUGAGCUCCAUCCCCCAGGACGCUGCUACUGUUCCCCACUCUGCCACGCCAGAGGUCCUUACAGUGUGUAUCUACGUAAAUAAGCAGGUGAACACUGGUCCUAACUUGGACAGACAGAAGGUUCUACAGCUGCCCGAUCACUUAGGUCCAGCCAGGCCCUCUGUGGUGCUCCAGCAGGCGGUACAGGGCUGUAUCGACAGCGCGUAUCAGCAAAAAGCUGUUUUCACCCUGCUCACACAAGGCUAUGGAGGAGAGAAGAUAUCAGCCACAUUUGAUGGUAAGCAGCACCUGCUGAGUUUGCCGGUGGUGAACAGCGUGGGCUACGUCCUACGCUUCCUCAAGAAGCUGUGCCGGAGCCUGCUGUGCGAAAAUCUCUUCAGCGACCAGCCCAUUGCACCUUCCUCCUCUCCCUCCUCCUCCUCCUCCUUCCACACUGACAAGCACUCAGACGGACAAGCUAAGUCGACAGACUGUAUGGUGGACGAUUAUCACACAGAACAGAUGGAGUCCAAACGCUACUCUAGUGACCCUAGUGAUGCCACUUUCGGUGCUAUGUCAUCACAGUACACAGCACCUAAACCUAGCUAUGGAUUUCGCACUGGUUCUGCCUACCCUGGGGCUGUGUGCAGACAGGCAGCCAGUCCCAGUACAUUCCAGGAAGGGAACAGAAGUGCCUACAGUCCGUCCCCAGAGGCAAGUGAGUCAAAGCCUCCCCCUAGUAAAGACCCAUCCCGUUGGAGUGUAGAAGAGGUGGUGUGGUUCAUUAAAGAUGCAGACCCCCAGGCACUGGGACCCCAUGUAGAACUCUUUCGAAAACAUGAGAUUGAUGGCGAUGCUCUCCUCCUGCUGAAGAGUGACAUGAUUAUGAAGUAUCUGGGACUCAAACUGGGCCCGGCUCUCAAACUCUGCUACCACAUCGACAAGUUAAAACAGAGCAAGUUCUGAUCUGCCCCUGGCACGCUGUAAAGCCACACUCACAACCCCUCAUGAGCACGCAUGCAAUUAAACCUCAACCUUCUCACACAUACAUGCAUACAUACAUAAACACUCUCACAUGCACUAAGACAGACUAAUCCAUAGCACCAUCAGCUUCGUUUUCUUUUAUGGUACUUUGUUUAUUUCACCUUCAUUUCUAACCUUCUUUUGUAACUGUCUGUAGAUUUUCUGCGGACCGACCAGUGAUCUUCUUGCUUACCUAUGGAUGUGUCACUGAACAUGCUUUUUAAAUGGGUAAAUGGAGUUAUGAUCAAUUUAUAAUGAACAUUAUCUCUGGUGUACCAGAGAGCAUCUGGAAUUACAAGUGCAAAUACAGAAUGAAAGCUGUGACUAUGAAAAGCAGAUGAUCAUGUCUGUGAUGGAUGUUGGGAUAAAUUAAUGUGAUGCCCUGUCGUGGACUGCCCCCUUGUGUGCGUUGUGUGCAUUUCUUGGUGUACACACAAGUAUGGAUUACCUAACAUGGUCAUCGGCCAUUUAGUGGUGAAGCUAAGGAAAUGUAGUUUGCUGCAAACCUGAAACACUGGACUCCAUUUUCUGCAGCAUUUUUCAAAGAGCAGCUGCAGAAGACAUGAUCACAACCAGAACAUGUUGUUAAAGUACAAUCAUAAAGGUUCAGAAAUAACUCAUGCAGGCCUACACUAUCAUCUACUCAGUCAGAAACAUACAAGCACCAGUGCAUCAGGAUUCAAACCAUGGACCAAACCAUGCAAACCACGGACUUUGCCCAUAAAGCAAUCCACAAUACAGUUUCUGCAACAUUCUUUUCUACAACAAACCAGCACCAAGAAUAUGCAGCGGAUACCGGAUAUCAGAGUUAACAAUACAGUGCACCAAAACACUGGCACAAUCUUGCAUUUAACCCAAAUGGACCAAACACAGGUAUAACCACAGUGAGUUUCUAUAAACAGGCUUUGCUCAGAUUUUUCAAAUUGUCUGCAUAAUUAACACUUAGGUAAGCUUAUUUAGUUUUUUAUGUUUAACGCUUUUUUAUUCACUCUUUUCACAAUGGUGGAGAUAGAAACCAGAUAAUAAAGUGUGUAAUACCUCUAACACAUUGAAGAUGUAAAAAAAUGCAAAUAGGUCCUGCAUCACAAAAACUGUAAAAUUUUAAAACCCCAACACGAACAGUCUCAGCUCUUGUAGCCCUAAAACUGUGACAUGAUAAAACACAAAAACUACUAUUAUUUGAGGAGAAUAUGAAGUUUUUCCAGGAUAUAACACACCAGAGCCCAGACUUAUUGAGCUAUCAGAAAAGGGUUGCUGCACAAACCAGGCCUUUUGACCAUGGUUUUGCCUGUGAAAGAGGAGCUCACACUCAAGCCUGCAUUUACUAUCAUUUAGUUUACUUUGAAGGCAAAUCAUAAGGUUGCUAAUGGGUGUAAAACUGAACCUGAGCACAAUUUUAGUCUCAACAAAAGAGUUACAAUUUAUAAAUCAUAUAAAAACUUACAACACUCAGUUAAUCCUUUGGCACGUUAUUAAAUGUUAGGAAUGUCCGCAUGAUGAACUGUGUAGGUUCACUGGUGGUUUUUGGAAAUAUUGGUAAAUAAAAAGUACAUAUAAUAAUCAUAUAAACUCCUGGUUCCUAUUGCUAACCCUGAUCUGCAGUUAGAAUUAUCUUUAAUUUGCAUUUUGGAAGGAAGGAAGGAAAUUGCCCUUUAACAGAACACAUUCAUAUCUGUCUUCUAACAAGUGUCACUUUCAUUCAAGUGUACAAAUUUGCAGAUUCAGCAGCAUCCCCAACUCUACCUGCCUACAUGUGCACUUUUUAUAUUAAUCCAUCGCAUACUUUAAAAAGCUAGACCUUGCCUUCAGUGGGUAACAGGAAUAUUUUACAAAGCAUUACUGUGAAACCUGGAAGGUGUUUUAAUUAUAAAAUACUUGGGUGGUGUCCACAAUUAAUAACUCUGCAGUACAAGAUUUUACACAACAUAUUUUCCUUAUUGAAAGCUCAUUUUGAGGACUAUAAAUAGUUAAGCUAGUAAUAAGUCAUUGGGAGUUAGUCAUUACUGUGCAUAAAGAGGUCAACACAACAAGGCUUCAAUCCCCAUUCAGCAUACAUGAUUAUUUGGGGUUUGAACCUAUUGUAAAGCAUUUCCGUUCUUGUAUAAAUAUACAAAAUCAUUUUUAUUACAAUUUGCAAAAUUAAAAGGUUUGUCGUUUGCCCAAGCAGUAGAAGAAGUCAGUAAGCGUGUAAUCAGCUCUCAGCUAAGCUUUACUGUAGUACAUGUCUCUGCAUCUAAAGCAAAAGCUAUGUUAACUCACUUGUACAGAAUCAUCACCUGCCACUGUAAGAAGCUGUUUCUGUCUGUUCUCUUUCUGUUGAUGAGCUCUUCCCCAUGCAGUAAAACAAAGUAACCUGAGUACUGUAUACUAUACUGUAAAAGAAAUGCUGUCAAAUUUAACUUUUCGCUGCCACUUCUCUGGUAUUAGCACUCCGAACUGCCAGUGACCCUUAUUUGGAAAGUGCAGCAUUCAGAAUUUUACAUGUAACACCUGUAGAGGUCAGUAGGUAAGCAUAAUGUGCUUGGCAGAGGAGUUUAGAGGAGUUAUGUAUUGAAUGCCUACAUGCACAGUACAGAUUAGCUUGAAAAGCAUAGAGGUGCUGUUUUUUAAACUUGUUGUUUGAUUGUAACUUGUUUUAUUUCCAUGCAUUACUUAAUGUUCCAAGACUCUUAACACUGCACCUGUCUUAGGCCUGUAAGUGUAUUCUGCCUUACCUCAAUCAGGCAACACUCAUUUGUUUUCUCAUAAUUUAUUUCCACCAUACAGCCGUUAGAAUCAGUCCUGCUGGAAGGGCAGCAUUCCCAGCCAUGUACGUUUGUUCAUGAAUGGCUUAUGUAGGUACUGUGUAGCCUUAUAAAUGCUUCCCUUCAGUAAAUGUCAGAUGUUAUAAAAAUGUAAUGCACAAAUUUCCCAAAUGUAUUGUCAGCCAAGAAGGGUUAUAUUUAAAAUAGAAAGAAGUACACAUAGAACACAGUGUUUCUGAUAUAUGUGACAUUCAUUUUUAUAGAGAUGCUACUGUUCAAAAGUUUGGAACUACUUUUAAUUCCAUGUGAUUUCACAACGCUUGAAUAGAGAGAAGCUCCAAAAUGAUAUAAAAAAUAUCUUUGUGCACUGACUUUCACUAAAGGGUAUUACGUUUUUUUUGUUACUUUUUUUGAAUUUUUUAUUAUAUAGGUUUUAUAGAUACAAGUUUUUUGUGUGACAGAAAUAAUGCAAUAUUGUAAAACACACCAAAUGGUAUUUAAAAAUUUAUUUCAGAAAGAACCAGAGGUUAUUAAUAAAAGAUGUACUAAUAGAGUUGAUCCACACUACAUUUUAGAUAUUCUACAUACUUUUUAAAUUCUAAUUAAGUUUUUGCAGUAAUUCCAGAAGUGUCUUCAGCUCUUCAUUAUUCUGGACACCUUUUAAGACUUUUUACAUAUUUAUACAGCUUCAUAGCUCAUUAUACAUUUACCAUAUGAAGCGUAUACAAUGCUUAUACAUUAUGCAUAUGACGUGUUUGCAACCAGAUCAGUUUCACGUUGAUGAGAACAUUGAUUCCAAACUUUUGAAUAGUAGUACACAAAAGAGUGUCACACUGGUGUACUACACUUGUAGUACUCUACAGUGACCUUGAACUGUGCCAUGAUUUUUUGCAGUUGGGAGUAAACAUGCUAUUUUACCCAACUGUUUUUACUGAAAUGCUAUUCUUGCUCUGCUACUGCUGCCCUGGAUAAUGAUUCUUACUGUUUUGUGUGUUUUUGUAUUUUGGCCACACCACUUCUGUGUUUUUUAAUGAUAUAACACAUAAUGCAAGUGUAUGUUUAUGAAUGCUGCUCUUGUUGACAGUCCAUUCUUUGGAAGACUACCGUUUAUAUGUUAAAGCGGUUUAAUGGAAAGGCUUGUGUGCAAAUACACAGCUUGGGAAGCUGCAACACAGAUCAUUCAUGUUGGUGCUAAAAUAUGACUGUACUUAGUGAUGACUAAUUUUAUUCAUUUGUUGUUUUACUUUGUUUUUUCUUCAUGUUGGUUAAUUGAUUUAAGCAGUGUGGCUUUAGUGUUGUGAAAUAUUGUGAACACAGACAGGCUGUGGUCUGUCUGCCUGUUUGUGAGAUAAUACAGUAUACAAAACAUUACAAAAGCAUCUGAAUAAAGCAUUAAUAAGCACUCUA